ACAUUCCAGGCACCUGGGCAACAGAGUGAGACCCUGUCUCUAAAAACAAAAACAAAAACAGGUGUGGCACUGCUUCCCGAAUGCCCCAAAUUUAGGCAACUCUCACAGUCCCUUGAAAGAGAAGCAGCAGCUGGGUACAGGCCUUCCUAAGUCACAUGCCCUUCUGCCAGCCCUGAUGGACUAUGCCCUGCAUAAGAUUGCAUCACCACUACCACCACCUCUCUGGGUUUCCCCAGACAUCACAGUAACACGUUCCCUGCCCCCGCUUUCUCUGGCCCUCUUCCACGUUGUGCUCCAGUCCAAUUGGACUCUGGGCAGCCAGCACAGCCAAGGUCAGGGAGUGACUUCCGUGCCUCGUGGCACUGCCACCUGGGCCUGAGCAAGAGUGCUCCGUUCUCUAACUGUGCCCCUCCCAACCCUAACGCCUGUCCCAGCCCCAGUGAUAGAAAUAAAGAGACCAGAAUUCUCCUUCUGGCCAAGAGACCUUAGAUAAAUAAUCACUGGAACUCACAGCCGGCUCAUGGCAACUGCUGCAGCAGUGGUCAAGUUAGAAAGACUGGAGGUAUGGUGGAAAAUUGCCCUACCCCACCUGGCUCAUAUGGAGCUCCCUCCCCCAGUCCCAGACCUUGGGGACUGAGCAUGUGAAAUCAUCCUCUUUCUUGCAUCAUGCGUGUCCACAUUGUCCCCCCCACCCCCAUACCCCUACCUCAAGCCCAGUCAUCAUGGCCAGAUGGUGAAACCUGAGCUGGGGGGGGGGAGGACCUCCACCCCCUUCAAGGGCCUGAUGAGCAGGACAGCUGGCCAAUCCUGGGGCUCAGAGGGUAGGUCAGCAGGCUGACCAUUAGGUUUGGGAGCCCCCAGCAGCUGGCUCUAAAGAGGCCCCAGGUCAGUAGACAGACAUGAGCUGUAAGGGUCAAACACAGCUACCCAUCAGAUGAUCUACUUUCAGCCUUCCUGAGUCCCAGGCAAUAGAAGACAGGUGGCCCUAACCUUGGCCAAGGGUAGGUGUGGCACUGGUGUCUGCUACCACUGGGCCCUCAUUGGCUCCCACGCAAUCAGACUCAACAGACGGAGCAACUGCCAUCCGAGGCUCCUGAGCCAGGGCAGUUCACCAGGAGCAUGGGCCUCCCUGAUGUCCAGCUCUCACUGGCGCUGCUGUGGGCACUGGUGUGGGCACAGGGGACAGGAUCUGUGUGUCCCUCCUGUGGGGGCCCCACACUGGCACCCCAAGCAGAGCGAGCUCUGGUGCUGGAGCUAGCGAAACAGCAAAUUCUGGAGGGGCUGCGCCUGACCAAUCGUCCCAGAAUAACUCAUCCUCCAUCCCAGGCAGCGCUGACCAGAGCCCUUCGGAGACUACAGCUGGGGAGUGUGGCUGCAGGGAAUGGGGAGGAGGUCAUCAGCUUUGCUGCCAUCACAGACUCCUCUACUUCAACCUGCAGCUCCAUGCUCACCUUCCACCUGUCCACUCCUCGGUCCCACCACCUGUACCACGCCCGCCUCUGGCUGCACGUGCUGCCCACCCUUCGUGGCACUCUUUAUUUGAGGAUCUCCCGAUGGGGCUCAAGGAGAAGGCACCGAGGGUCCCGCACCCUCCUGGCUGAACACCAAAUGACUACCCCUGGUUGGCAUGCCCUGACUCUGCCCUCUAGUGGCUUGAGGGGUGAGGAGUCUGGUGUCUUGAAACUCCAGCUGGACUGCAGGCUCUUAGAAGGCAACAGCACAGUUACUGAAAAACCAAGGCGGCUCCUGGACACAGCCAGACACCAGCGGCCCUUUCUGGAGCUUAAGAUCCGGGCCAAGGAGCCUGGAGCAGGCCGGGCCAGGAGGAGGACCCCCACCUGUGAGUCUGGGAACCCCUUAUGUUGUAGGCGAGAUCAUUAUGUAGACUUCCAGGAGCUGGGAUGGCGUGACUGGAUCCUGCAGCCUGAGGGGUACCAGCUGAAUUACUGCAGUGGGCAGUGCCCCCCGCACUUGGCUGGCAGCCCGGGCAUUGCUGCCUCUUUCCAUUCUGCUGUCUUCAGCCUCCUCAAAGCCAAUAAUCCUUGGCCUGCCAGUACCUCCUGCUGUGUCCCCACUGCCCGAAGGCCUCUCUCUCUCCUCUACCUUGACCAUAAUGGCAAUGUGGUCAAGACGGAUGUGCCAGAUAUGGUGGUAGAGGCCUGUGGCUGCAGCUAGCAAGAGGACCUGGGGAUCUAGAGUGAAGAGAUCAAGUCGAGGGUUCCCAGGCAAAGGGCAUCUGCGGCUGGAGGUAUCAGAUUCCUGAUCCACAUACCCACCCAACAGCCACCUGACAAUAUGAUUGGGUUGACCCCAUGGGACCCAAAUGGGCACUUUCUUGUUCCAGACACUGGCCUGUUCUAGGCUGGUUGACGUGUGGGGAGAGGGGUAAAGUGUUUCCUCUAAAGGGGUCUACCCAGAAAGCAUGGUUACCUACCCUAAGUCCUGUGAGAAGAUGACAGGGGCUAGGGAGGGAGGGAGGGGAGGAGAAGACAAAGAAAAAUUACUUAGUCUCUCCCAAGAAAAGACAGUCCUCAAGUGAGGGGAGGAGGAAGCAGGCUUGUGGCAGGGCAUACAGGCUGGCCGAGGGUAAGGACUGUUGAAGUGCUUUAAGAGAGGGCCAAGCGGGAAAUGGGCAAGGUGCUCGGGGAGGAUGUUUAGGGGAGUCCCAGAAAUGGGAGUCAAUAGAGAGGAGUGCUAAGCCUAAGAAGUUCCCUGGUUUUCCCUAGGGCACAGGAUCCACUGGGGAAACAAGCUUUAUACUUUCUCAAUAAAAUGAGAAAGAAAAUCAACAAGGGGGAAUUAAGAAGGAUUGGGGUGAUGGUCCAGAGCAACAGUUCUCAGAAUGUGAUCUGGGGACCUCUGGGAGGUCCCUGAGACCCUUUCAGGGGUGUCCACAAAGUCAAAGCUGCUUUCAUAUUAAUACUAAAAUGUUAUUUGCCUUUUUAAUUCUCAUUAUCUCAAAAUUGUACAGUGGAGUUUUCCAGAGGCUGUGCAGCCUGUGAUUACAUCAUCUAACAUCAUUGUUAA